UCCGUAGCGCACUUUCUUUCUUGUGACUGUGUUGUGGUAUCCUUAAGUGAUGGUGAUAAAAUAACGUGAUGUGCCUAAUAUUGUAUCAAUGGUAGUGAAUCGCAGUUGCUACAGAAUCAAGACUGAACGCCUUGAUUCGAGGCACUUUUCGCGUGCGUAGCUCGGUUCGGUUCUGUACGUCUAGUCUGUAGCGGCGGCGGCGGUCAGACCGGAGUCACAGGACCGCUCUCUCUAACGCACUUUUAAUUGUGGGCUCGUCGCGGGCCAGGCUGGUGAACCCACUCGGCUGGGACUGGAGGAGGAGGUGGAGUCUCAAAGGUGGGGAGGAGAAGGAGAGUGUCGGAUAAAAAAAAAUUGACACAACAGAAACAACGGGAGGAAGACGGACUGGACGGUGGAAAGAAAUAUUAACUCAUAUUAAGGCGCAAGACAGGCGGACCGAAGAUGAUAAUGCCGUAUUUCGUAGAGAGUUUCUGGGGGGAAAAGAACAGUGGGUUUGAUGUCCUUUACCAUAAUAUGAAACAUGGACAGAUUUCAACAAAGGAGGUAUCAGAUUUUAUUAGAGAAAGGGCUACAAUUGAAGAGGCAUAUGCAAGGUCGAUGACCAAACUGGCCAAAUCUGCUAGCAACUAUUCACAGUUAGGGACAUUUGCACCUGUGUGGGACGUCUUUAAAACCUCAACUGAAAAGUUAGCAAGCUGUCAUUUAGAACUGGUGCGCAAACUUCAGGAAUUAAUAAAAGAAGUCCAAAAAUAUGGAGAAGAACAAAUAAAAGCACAUAAAAAGACAAAGGAGGAAGUGGCCAGCACUCUGGAAGCUGUACAGAACAUUCAGAGCAUCACACAGUCCUUGCAGAAAUCCAAGGAGAACUACAACACAAAGAGUGUCGAGCAGGAGCGGUUAAAAAAGGAAGGGGCAACACAGAAGGAAUUGGAAAAGGCAGGGCUGAAAACAAAGAAAGCUACAGAGUCCUACAAAUCUUAUGUGGAAAAAUAUGCUGUGGCCAAAACAGACUUUGAACAGAAAAUGAGCGAAACCGCCCAGAAAUUUCAGGAUAUUGAAGAAGGUCAUGUUCUUCAAAUGAAGGAGAUUAUACAGUCAUAUUCACAGUCCAUUGAAGAGACACACUUACAAAUAGGCCAGGUUCAUAAUGAAUUUGUAAACAACAUGGAAAACACUACAGUGGAAAGCUUGGUGCAGAAGUGUGCUGAGACUAAAGGAACCGGCAAAGAAAGGCCUGGCCCUAUUGACUUUGAAGAGUGCAACAUAGCCAAUGCAACAGAAGGGGCAAAGCCACGUAAAAGAAAAACCUUUGGGAUCCCAGGUCGAAGGAAAGAUAAAGAUACUGAUUCAGUAGAAUCCCCAGAUGCUGAGUCAGUUACAUCAAAUGGAGCCCCCUCUGGCUACUAUGGGAGAAUAGAUUUACAGAAUGCUAAUAUUCCAGAGGUUGACGACGAGGGAUUCUGUCUCAAGCCAGAAGUUAAUGAGAAUGAAGCCAAAGAGAACAAUUUCUUCUCCUCCAGCGAUUCUGAAGAUGACGAUGAACCCAGAAAGUUUCAUGUGGAAAUAAAACCUGUCCAACCCAACAAUGGAGACCAUCAAGCAUCAGCUUCAAUAGAUGAACUGAAGGCCUCUAUAGUAAACAUAACACUCUCACCCUCGGCAUCGGCUCAGAUGAAGAGAAAUUCACCCAGACUGUCAGGAUUGGUUACACAGUCAUCAUCAUUAGACUCGCAGCUCGUUUCUGGUGAAGAGUUGGUGAAAUCCAGACUUCAGGCAUCAUAUAAUAAUGAAAGCAGACGAGUCAACAGUGACCUCCUCUCUCUGGACCCACUGUUCGGGCCUCCUCUUGAGUCAUCGUCUUCGUCAUCCUCUCUUUCUACAUCUUCAACCGUCGUUCCUACCAUUUCCCAAAGCUUUCCUAUCUCUGUCCAAACUAAAGAUUCUGCAGUAUGUUCUUCGAUUGCCACAGCUGAUCUAAUGCUGCACAAUGAGAACUCCUCUCUGUCCAGUUCUCCUAAUGCUUCAGCUUGGGGUGUAGUAGGUGAAUGCUUCCUUGGACGCCAGCCAGAUUCAGGCCACAAGAGCCCUCUCUCAGAGCAUUCUAAAUGCCCAGGUCUAAGCACUGCUGUUACUAUGACAGCUGCUCCAGAAAGCAUGGACAUCCUGUCUUCCUUGUCUUGGUCUCAGUGUCAGUGGAUAUCAUUUACAGAUGAACUGAUGUCAUACAGACAUUUCAAUGCAAGCCCAAAGGAGCCCCAAAGACUGCAGUCUAAAUCUAAAGCAAACUCUCCGUCUUCCUCCUCUUCCUCCUCCUCUUCCUCCGCUGUUAAAUGCAUUUCUAAUCACCUGAGUGAGCUUUGCAGUGAUUUCACGCACAGCACAACAUCGUUUAUUGAAGAAAACGUCAGAAUGUCAUCCACUUCCCCAGCACCAGUGGAUAUAAACUUAGCACCUGUUCUUAAUCCCAAACAUAAUGUGUCUCAGCCAGCCAGACCCACAACUCCUCAGAUUACAGCAGUGUCUCAGCCGGCCAGACCCACGACUCCUCUCACUACAGCUGCAAUAGUGCCGCCACCACGACCAACCUCGCGACCAAAGCUCUCUGCAGUAAAACUUGGUGGCAUCAAUGAAAUAGCCAGACCGUUUAGUCCACCGAAGAUAACGAAUGCCAGCCCACCCCCUGCAGCCCCCCUGGCUCGUGCAGAAAGCACUUCCUCUAUAUCGUCCUCCACGUCGCUCACUGCCACAAGCAACCCAGCUGUGGAGGAUGAUGUGUUCAUUGGGAAACUGCCUACAUUUGAAAAGCGCUGUGAGACACCAGCAGGGAUUUCUCGGGGCCCCAGUCCAAUUAGCCUUGGAUCUCUGGACUCGUUACCUAUUGCAGCAGCCUUCACUGAGUCUGUCAACGCCUACUUCAAAGGAGCAGACCCCUCUAAGUGCAUUGUAAAAAUUACAGGGGACAUGACUGUGUCCUUCCCUACUGGAAUUAUCAAGAUUUUUACCAGCAACCCAUCACCACCAGUACUGAGCUUCAAGUUAAAGAACACGAGCAAACUUGAGCAGAUUCUUCCAAACCAGCAACUUCUGUACAGUGACCCAUCACAAAGUGAUUCUAAUACCCAGGACUUCUGGAUGAAUAUGCAAGCCCUUACUGCCUACCUCAGAAAAAUGUCUGAACAGAAUCCCUCAGCUUCAUACUACAAUGUUGACAUCUUAAAAUACCAGGUCGCGUCAAAUGGAAUCCAGUCGACUCCUCUAAAUCUGGCAACAUACUGGAAGUGCUCUCCAACCACAACUGACGUCCGAGUGGAUUACAGAUACAAUCCAGAGUCCAUGCUGACUCCCGGCAUUCUGGCAAACGUGCAGGUUCUGGUGCCAGUCGAUGGAGGAGUUACAAAUAUGCAGUCUCUUCCAACAGCCGUUUGGAAUGCAGAGCAGAAGAAAGCAUUAUGGAAGUUAAAAGAUAUAUCGGAAAAAUCUGAGAACGCAGGUUCAGGAUCCAUGAGGGCAAAAUUUGAACUUUCAGAAGGACCCACUAACCCUGCCACACUCGCAGUGCAAUUCUUAAGUGAAGGAAGCACACUUUCAGGGGUAGAAAUAGAGCUGGUUGGCUCUGGAUACAGACUUUCCUUAACAAAGAAGAGAUUUGCAACAGGAAGGUAUAUGGCAGACUGCUGAUGAUGCUAAAACAAAAGGACUUGGUCCAAGAAGCACAACUCUACUACAGCAGCUUCAUCUGUUUGUUUCAUGGUCCUGGAAACAAACAUAAACAAAAACAGUUUUUAAUAUCAAAUCUCAAGGUUUUGGCAAUAACUUUUUGUUAAUUUUGUUAAUUCUGAAAAAAAAAGAAAUCUUUAGAAAUGUAAUUGCACCUUUUUAGAACAGUAAUAUUGACUACAUAAAUUAGCACUGAUGUGAUUUUUUUUUUUAACACUGUUUUAAAAACUGGGCUUUCAGGAAAUUUAUGAAAUUUAAAAUCUUUACCGCAGUUUGAUUUAUUUAGACUUUUGUAAAUCAAAACAGUAGUAUAUAGUCAAAUGUGUAUAGUUAAUAAUAUGUAUAAUAAUUAUAUAUUGGACUGCUAUAAAUUAUAAGAACCUGCACUAACCAUCUUAGCUAGGGUAUAAUAAACAGGUUUAGAUGCAAUAUCCUAUAAUGCUUUGCAUAUGACAAUUAUAUUAAAUCUAAUGGGGAUACUAAAAGAAAAUUGGUGUGUAAAUAUUUGCAAAUUGUGAGAAUUGAAAGCUGUGCAUCUCUGCAAUGUUGUGUUCAAGCACUGUUUUAAAAGCUUGGUUUUAGAAUGCUUGAAUGGAAUAUCUGUAGACUACACUUUUGCAAGCAUUUAUGACUGUCGAUGUAAAGACUUUAAUUAUUUUCUGUGAAUACAACGUGCAAUGUUCUGACAACUUCACUUUCAAAAACUGCAUGGAUUUUGUUUUUGGUAUAAGUAGUUUCAUAUAAAUGUUAACGUUGGUUAUAGCUGAUCAGUUCAUUUUUCCAUGGAUGUUAUGGUAACAUUGGUGCCUCUUUUUAAUCCGUCUGUCCCAUGUCUCAAUUGAUGUGCCUAUCUUUACUUUUUCAGAAUCUAUAAUUCCUAUACUUUAUAUUAUGUGAGCACUACUCUUGACUGUUAUGCAUACAAUUAUUUAGUGCUCUUAAAUAUUGGAUUUUGAAGGGAAGGGCUGGAUACUUAGUUGAAGCUUGAAUUUAAAGGGUAUUAAAGUGAUACAGGCGGUGGCUUUUAUAAUACACUCAUUAGUUACUGUUCCUGCCUUUCACAAUCUGUUUCUUUAUAAUAAUACCACUGCUAAGAAUUUCUUCAGUUUGCUAAAAAAAAACCCAAAAAAACCUUUUUAUGCAGUGAGUUUUAUAUAUGCAUUAUUGUUGUUUUUUUUGUUUUGUUUUUUUAAACACUCCUUUCUAAGGGGGUAUUUGCAGUAACAAAUGUCACUGUUAUGCAGGGGUUAUUCUUGCUAACAGUAGCUCUUGUAAUUUAUUGUAGAGUUGUUAACCUUCCAAACUGAUGUAUGAUUUGGUGUCUGCUACUUUUUAAAAAAAAAAUAGAAAAUUAAUGUAGCAGAAACACAAAAGAUGAAGACAGAAAGGUGAAUACAAAAAAAUAGAAAGCAAAUAGAUGUAUGCAUUUCCCUUCUUAAAUGUUGAGGAAUAUGCAGCUGCUUGUUGGAAUGUUGCCCAAAUGUAAGUGUAUAUUAUGAAUACCUCUAUGGAAAAUAUGUAUUUAACAGUUUGUAUCUGAUUUCCUGUGUGCCACGUGUGCUUGAACUAAAAUGAGAUUUAAAACUUAAUAGAAAGGUAAACGCUGCCACAUGUUCACUUUUUUGUUUUUGUUUGAAAAAAAAGCCAAGGAAAAAUGUAACCUUUCAAUUUGUGUAUAUUCUCGAAAAGCCACUGCAUGAAAAUGUUACUUGUGUCAUUGUUGUGUUUUAUGUUGGUCGCAGGCAUGAGUCAGUCUGCAACUGAAACUGUGUUUUGAGGAUUAUGAAAUGUAACCCUUUUAGUAAUUGGAUACUGCUGCUGUCUGUGUAGCUAAAUGGAGGCAGUACGUUGUAUUGUGCAGCAGUUUUUUUUUUUUUCGUUUUUGGGGGGGGGGGGGGGGUUGUAAGAAAAGGAGAAAGAGUGCAUUUUAUAUAAGGCUAACCUCUCUAUAGUGGCAACUUCUUUUGUUCUGAUCCCUGAUGUUGUCUAUAUGUUUGCAAUCCAAAUCUAAGUCUAAUAAGGGCUGCGUUUCUUCCCAGUCUCACUGGAUGCAAAGUAAGGCAUAGCUCACUGUUCUCCCAGAUAUUGUUUUUUUUAUAUUUAAAGACUAUUUCUAAUAUAUUUACUUUGGCAACUUGUCAACUUUUUGUAAAAACUGUACAUGGUUAAGACAAUACUUGUAUACAGAGAGUUCUUUCAGUAUACAGAGAAGGAACAAUGUCUUAUUAAAGCAAUAUACACAGACUAUCUCCUGGGUUCCAUUGGUGAUCUUCAGUGAAAUAAAAAAUAAAAGUCGCCUAAUUCAGCAAUAAA